UUGGUUGCUCUCACAUCAGGGCCCCGCCUAUCGGAAAUGUUACCGACUUUAAAAGGAAAACAAUGACACGCUGGGAGCACGUCCACGGUUGAUUUACACUAAAUACGUAAACGAUUCCACGUCUUUAUCCCGCGAAUGAGCGUGACGGUAACCAAGGAGUUUAGUGGAAGUCUUCUUUAUUUUCUUCAGGUCUCAGUUUACUCGUCAGUGGCUACACAUAGCUAGCCAGGUUUGCUAACUAACCCUGAACCUCUGCACCAGAAACACAUGUUAUUGGAAAACAUGAACUCAGAAGAAUGUGGUUGGACCAAGAAAAACCUCCAGAAGCUGUUCGUUCAAAUGAAACGCAGCAUCCCCAGGACGUACGCGACAUGGUCUUACGUGAAAGGACAGAAGCACGUAGACUGGAACAAGGUGGCGUUCCCUCCUUUCUCUGCGGAAGCCUGCCAACGAAAGUGGAGACAGAUUUUGCAGAAGAUGCGCAAACAACGGUCCCUCACAGAGCUCAUUGUUGAAGCUGAAGAUGUCCUGUCAAACCCUGUCCUUAACAUUAAGAUCCAUCCGGACCUCCCGAAGAGGCCCCCAACUCCAAGUGCCUUGUUUUUUGAGGAGAACUGGGUCAAGAUUAAAGAACAGCAUCCAGCACUAAGUCACCAUGAGUUAGUGGUGGCCAUGGGCAAAAAGUACAGAGAGCUACCAGAUAAAAAGAAGACUCUAUAUGUGAAGAAAUACCAGCUUGCUCAGCAUGAAUACAGGGAAAAGACAAAGAAGUUUAGGGAAAAGCAUCUCACACUUCCAGUUAUUGAGGACGGGAGGGAGCAGGUGACUGCAGAUAGCCCUGAAGGUGCAGAGGGUCUGCCACCCAAGCCUCCUAUAAAUGGCUAUAAGAUUUUCUGCAAAGAGCAAAUGGCGUCCAUGGCCGGUGUCUCAUAUAGAGACUAUAUGAAAGUUUGGGCUCAACGUUGGCGAGACUUGACUGAGAGACAGAGGAAAGAUUAUUCUGAACACUGCAAAGAGUUGAAGAGAACGUUUACAAUCAAGCUUAAAAAAUAUAUAAAGACUUUAGAUGAGGAGGAACAGAAGAGGAUCCUACACGAGAAUGCCAUGUACAUAACUAAAGAGGUUUUAAGUCAAAGUGACGAGCCCAAGAUGCCAUCUCGUUGUCUUAACGAGAAGGAACGCCACAAAGAGAAAGAACAAGAAGACGUUAUAGAAUAUUCAAGGGACCUGCAGAAGGGGUUUAAGGUCUGCCCAGACAGACCCUCAGAUUCCGAAGAUGAAGACAUUGAUGACAGCAGCAGUGAUGAAGAAGAGGACUAUCUAGACAGCGAUGAGGAUGAGGAGGAGGAAGAAGAGGAGGGUGACAUCACGUUUGAUGUGUAUUAGAUGGUGAUGAGAUGGACAGCAGAGGUCUCGUCUACGCACGCACGUUAAGUUCAGAGGAGGAUUCGGGAUUUGAGAAGAUGGACGAGUGCCUCAGUGACAGACUUUCCCAAAUUAAGGGAAAAUCUAGCUGCUCACAGGAACAUAAUGCAUCUGUGAACAAAGGAAAUCCACUUGAUUGUAUCAUUAGUCAUCUUAUUUUUUAUAUCUGCUGAUAAAAUGCUUGAGCGAUAAAGAGAGGAUGCACCUCUGAAAAACGUCUGGUUUUAUAUUUUUUGUAAUCAGUGGGAUUUUUAAAUGUUUUGAUAUUGACUGAAUGGAAAAUCCCAAAUAUUGAAUUGGGCAUUAUUUAUUCAUGUGAAAAAGCUGUACUCAUGUUGCUGCCUGUCAACAAACGGAAAAGACAUUUCCAAUAAACUUAUGUUACAUGAAGAUGUAAUUCUUUACUUA